CCCGGAGCGGUGAUAACAAGGAAAAAAAAAAAGAUGGGUUCCUUUUCGUUUCUGGAGAUGCCUUCUUCUUGUGACACCAUUCACUGAAAGUUUAGGUCUUUCUUCAAUCUGAGUGCGUUUGAAUUGAGAAAAUGGGUGAUUGGUAUCAGCUCGCUCAAUCUCUAAUCUUCGGUUUGAUCUUCGCUUACCUUCUCGCCAAGCUAAUCUCUAUCCUCCUCGCGUUUAAAGAAGACAACCUCUCCCUCACUCGCAACAACCACGAGACCGCUCAAUCGGAGAGUGACUAUCGCAAGGUUGGAUCUUUAACCGGCGAGACUGAUUCUCUUGUGGCGGAGCAAGGAAGUUUGAGAGGUGAUGAAGAUGAUGAGGAUGAGGAUGAUGAUUGGGAAGGUGUGGAAAGUACGGAGCUUGAUGAAGCAUUCAGUGCUGCGACUGCUUUUGUUGCGGCUGCUGCUUCGGACAGGCUUUCUCAGAAAGUAUCGAAUGAGUUGCAGCUUCAGCUUUAUGGCUUGUAUAAGAUUGCUACUGAAGGAGCUUGUACUGCUCCACAACCUUCAGCUCUCAAAAUGACUGCUCGUGCCAAAUGGCAAGCAUGGCAGAAAAUGGGUGCUAUGCCAGCUGAGGAAGCGAUGGAGAAGUACAUCGACCUUGUCACUCAGUUAUACCCAGCUUGGGUUGAAGGUGGCUCGAAAGGAAGAAAUCGUAGUGUUGAUGCUGCAGGAUCCAACUCUAAAGCACCUAUGGGACCGGUUUUUAGCUCAUUGGUUUACGAAGAAGAUACUGAAAAUGAGUUAAAGAUUGAUGCAAUUCACGCCUUUGCCAGAGAAGGAGAAGUUGAGAAUCUAUUAAAAUGCAUAGAAAGUGGCAUACCAGUAAAUGCAAGAGGUUACUUAUUAAUAGUCUCUCCUUAUAUACAUCGUUUUCGAUUUGCUUUCAAGUUUCAAGGUGUCUCCAUUUUUAAAAUUUCAGACAGUGAAGGUCGGACACCGCUUCACUGGGCUAUAGACCGUGGCCACUUAAAUGUUGCUAAAGCUCUUGUUGAUAACAAGGCCGAUGUUAAUGCCAAAGACAAUGAAGGCCAAACCGCUCUGCACUACGCUGUUGUGUGCGAAAGAGAAGCUCUUGCAGAGUUUCUAGUGAAGCAGAAAGCUGAUACAAGCAUUAAAGACGAAGAUGGAAACUCGCCUCUUGAUCUCUGUGAAUCACAGUGGUCUUGGAUGCGAGAGAACAAGGAUUCUCAUUAAUUUUUGUAGUCUUUACACUGUGUUUUAUUGUCUUACAACACAGAUGUUUUGUUUUAUACCUUCUUGUUACUUUGCUUCUGUUUGAACUAAGAGUUAUAGGCUACUGAACACACCACAUAAAAGUAACUGUUUUGUUUGUUACAAUAUCGAACCUGAGAGAGAUCAUCAUCCCAAUAAAG